GAGAGCGGAGCCGGCGGAGCGCCCGCCCCUCUGGGUGCGAGUUGGCGGACGGGAAGCGGCAUGGCUCCCGGCGUGGAGCUGGGCUUCGCGGCGGCGGCGGAGGGCGCGGGCGGUGCCUGGCGGCUGCACAGCACCUACUUCCCCAGCAAGGUCGGGGGGCGGCCGGCGUGGCUGGGCGAGGCCGGGCUGCCGGGCCCCGCCGCUCUGCGCUGCGGCCGCUGCCAGCAGCCCUGCGCCUUCCUGCUCCAGCUCUACGCGCCGCUGCCCGGCCGCGCCGACGCCUUCCACCGCACCCUCUUCGUGUUCGCCUGCCGCGGCGCCGCCUGCUACGGCCUGGCGGGCCCGGGCGGGCCCUUCCGCGUGUUCCGGAGCCAGCUGCCGCGGCGGAACGACACGUACCCCGAGGAGCCGCCCCCCGAGGAGCCGCCCCCGGGCCCGGCCCCCGCGCCCCCGCGGCGCCUGGGCAGCGGCGCCGCGCUGUGCCGCGUGUGCGGCUGCCUCGGGCCGCGCUGCUGCGGGCGCUGCCGCCGCGCCGCCUACUGCGGGCCCGAGCACCAGGCGCUGGACUGGCGGCGCGGGCACCGCCGCUCCUGCGGGCAGCACGCCGCCGGAGAUGACUUGGCAAAUGCAAUUCCAGAGCAUAACGAAUUCCUUUUUCCGGAAUAUGAAAUUUUGAUAGAACCUGAGGAACCAGAACUUCCUGCUGACAGCACUGAUGAUGAACAAGGAGCUGAAGGUACAUCAAAGGAUGCAAAAGAACAAGAGGAACUUGGAGCUGCAGGCACUGCAGAUGGAGCAUUUCAGUCCUUAGAUGAAGAGGCAUUGGAAGCAAUGGCAAAACACGAGACUGCAGAAGAAAAGAUCUUCCAGAUGUUUAAAAAACGAGUAGCUGGUGAGCCAGAGCAGAUUAUUAGAUACUGCAGAGGAGGAGAAGGUCCACUCUGGGUGUCAGGUGAAAAUAGGCCUGAAGAAAAAGAUAUCCCAAAUUGUGUGUGUGGUGCCAAAAGGAUAUUUGAAUUCCAGAUUAUGCCACAGCUCCUGAAUCACCUUCAGGUUGACAGCCUUGGAGAGAGCAUUGACUGGGGAACGCUGGUGGUGUACACUUGUGCUGACAGCUGCGGCGGGGAGAGUGCAUACCUGGAGGAGUUCAUAUGGAAGCAAGACUACUCCAUGGGCUGUACUUUAUGAAGUUGAGUCAUCCAAGUGGAAUACUUGAUUUGUUUCACUGCAUCUCUGCACUGUGCAAACAGGUAGUUGAAGUAACUGAUAACAGUGCAUCUUGUAACAGUGAUAAAACUGCUGUAACUAGACCUUGACAGCCUCUCUUGUGCUCCAGAGGAGCUUUUACUUCAAUCUGGUAAUGAAGCCAGAUGCAUUUGUUCAGAAAGCUUUAUUUCAAAUCUCAUUUCUGGAAGUUUAUUAAAUAAAGAUGAAAAACUUUUGGAUUGGUGAAAUUAUCUUUUGUUGGUAACAGAACUUCAAAAACUUAAAAGAUUGUAGUCUGUCAGGAUUUUCAUCAGGCUACUCAAAAAUUAGCAUUCAUUCAAAGAAAAGCAGACUCCUGUAAACCCACACCAGUGCUUAUGUUGAAGAGCUGUACAGGAGUCAGCUAAAAUAAAGCUAUAUAACCUUU